AUGGAGAGCUCAGAGUUGGAGUCGGACAUCCUGCGGCGGGUGCGGGCGCUGCUGCGGGAGCUGGACGGGCACCACCCCUCCUGCCAGAGCGACCGAGGAAUGCUGCGCUGGACCCUGCAUAAGAAAAUCGACCAGAAUCCCAGUACCAGCUGUGUGCUGGUCAGGAUCCUGGUGAAGGAGCUGGAAAGGGCAGAACGAGGGGACCUGCGGCACUACAUCAUCCCCCUGAUGCACACGCUGAUGUACACCCUGAUACAGGCUCCCUGCAUCCCUGACGAGCUCUGUGCCAGGGUUUAUGACUUCUGUAAGAGGCUGCUGACCCUGCCCAAGCCCUUCUGCACCAUUGGGCUGGACUAUGCCAGCAGGGUGCAGGUGGAGAGGACAGCCCCAGGAACCUUGUACCAAAGAAUGGUCAUCUCUGAGCAGAGCCUGCCGAGUGCCCCGUUCCCUUACCAGGAGAAGAUUUUCAUCUUUGCUGACCCAGAGCUGCUGCCCGAAGUCAUCUGCAAUGCGCUGGUCACUGACACCGAGGCAGCCCAGGUGUCCCAGAGCCCCCAGGGCUGCAUGAGCUGCGUGGUCACCCACGCCCUGCAGGCAGCCCUGGGUGACACCUGCGACAUCCACGGCCUCAGGGCCCGACUCCAGGCCUUGCCCCCGGGGGAUGUGGAGCACUGGUUCCAGCAGGUGGUGGUGGCCGUGGAGGGCACAGGCAGCGAGGGGGGCUCGGACCGGGGCCAGCACACGGCACGGCUGGAGAGGAUCUACCACGGCCUCCUGGGCUCCUCGCCUGCAGGGAAUGCUCCCCGGGAAGGGCUGCAGGGAACCCCUCUGCCCAACCCCAGCAUCAGCUUCCACCUGUGGACAGAAGACGAGCAGCUCUGGAAGGAGCUGGUGCUGUUCCUCCGCCCGCUGUCACAGAGCUGCGAGCCCGACUGCCUCGGGCAGGACAUGGACCCCCUCGAGAUGCAGGACAUGCUCAUGGACUGUGGCUGCUGCGAGCAGAGCCGCUUCUCCGUGCUGUCCACGGACAGCGGCAUCGAGCGGGACCUGCCCGCGCAGGAGGAGCCCUGCGCUGCGGACCCCGAGCGCUCCCGGCUCCACAGGAAGGGCGGCAUCAAGAAGAAGCUGUCCCCGCUGGAGAGUGUGGCCUUGCUGCAGGCUGGCAGCGCUGUCCCCGGGGGAAAGCCCGCCGGGAAUCUGCCCAGGAGGGCAGGAAUGCCCCCGGAGCCCGCGGCCCCGCUCCAGAGACUGCACACCGCCCGUGUGGUGCUGCUGGGGGACGAUCGCAUCCUGGGCCGUCUGGCACAAGCCUUCCACUCCCUCAGGAAACGAGAAGCGCGGCGAGUGUUCCUGACGCCCAGGCUGAACCUGCAGCUCUACCACAUCCCCGUGCUGCCGGGGCAGCCACACGCUGCGGCUGACCACGCUGGCCCCGAGGAGCUGUGUGAGGUGGCCAGGUACCUGGGCAGGGCUGACCCCUGGUACGAGAGCAACAUCAACACCCUGUGUCACAUGAUCCCCAAGCUGGCCACCAUGCCACCGUCGCCGAGCAGGGCCCUGGUGACCGACCUGUUCCUCACCGAUGUCAUCGCCUACUACGCCCGCAUGGGCACCCAGCCCGUCUGCUUCCAGGUGCACUCUGUCAAGGUGCUGUUCCAGGACCCGACACAGGACCCAGCUGAGGAUGUGUUCCUGACAGAGCUGCUGACCCAGGUGCAGGACAGCCCCUCCCACAGAGAGCUGAGCACGACCAAGAAGAAAAGCACCUUGGAUGGCCCUGGCAUCAAUCUCACAGUGACCUACAGGAAGGUUGUGCUGAGUGACCGGCAGAAGGAGCUGGCCCUGUCCCUGCGCUCCACGGGCCUGCUGAUGAAAGCCAUCCCUGGUGAGGAGGCUGAAGACCUGGGCUGUCUGAGUGUGACCAUCACCGAAAUCAUCAGGAUCAACAAUUUGGCAGGAAGGUCGUUCUCAGCUGUGGCAAACAAGUUCAAAACACGGAAUAUCAAGAUCAGGAGCCCAGAGCAGAGACCCUUCACGGUGCGGCUGGACAAGGACAGCAGGAGAACCUACAGGGACGUGAUCGGACUGGAGGUGUCUCCCUGCCUCGAGCCCAGCUACUGCCUGCAGAAGACCAGGACCAUGAAAUUCAGCCCUCAUGAAACAGAAGACGUGGGGCUUGUCAAGUACCUGCCUAAGUCUCUGCUGCUGCCCAUCAACACUUUUGCUGGCGUCAUGCAGUGA